CUCGUCGUCUCAAACAGAAAGAAGGAAGAAAACUAGACAAGCAAAAUAGAUAGGGAGGAACCCUAAAAAUCCCAAUUCUGAGAAAACGCUCAAAUUCCCCAAAUCAAAAGAGAAAUUAACGAAAAAAGACUUUUGCUUGUUUUUACAUACUCUCUCUCUCUCUCUCUCUCUCUCUCUCUCUCUCUCUCUUUUUCUUUUUCGGUUUUUUGUUUUGGUUGUUUUGAGGAAACAACGACACCGACCCCAGCGCUGGGUCUCUUUCUUCCAAUUGGGAGAAGCUCUAUUCAGAUUUAGCUUUGUCAUCUGUUUUCUGGGUUUGCUUCUUCAUAGAUGCUGAUGCUUUCUCUAAUGGUGGUUUUUGUGUUGUCAAAUUAGGGUUUUCAAUUGUCCACUCCCCUUUUUUUGUGGGCCUUUUGAUCCUUUCGUGGCAGCAGCCGGUCAAGCAUUCAGUCCUGGUUCAAUUGCGUUUUUAGUAGGAAGAUGUCAUAUCAAUAUCCGAUUCUUGGCGACCGACCAAUCAACCUUUUGAAGGUUACAGAAUUAAAAGAGGAGCUUAAGAAGCGAAGUUUGACAACCAAGGGUUUGAAGGAUGAUUUGGUAAAACGGUUGGAUGAAGCAAUACGAAUUGAAAGGGAAAAUGCUUCGACCCAGGAUAAUGGACUUUAUGGUGAUAAAGUUGUAGAGCCAAUUGCAGUUCUUGCUAAAACACCUAGAAGCACUGGUUCUGGUGGACGUAAAAGGACUGGAAAAGUUGAUUUGCCGGUUCAGGUUGAUGUUAAUGCCAGUGCUACAGACUUGGAUCUAGGGGGUAUUCAAGAAGGUUAUGUUCUGGUUGAUAAAGAUGCUGGUGCCAUAGCUGAAGAGGAGCUGGUUGUUCAAUCAACUAUUGUGGAAACCAGUGUUAGGGUCACUGAGACUCAGGUGUCUGAGGCAGCAUUUGUUGGUGAUAAUUCACAGAACACUGAAGCUAAUAAGGGAAUUGGGAAUUCACAGCCCCUAUUUGACAAUGAGGUUCCAAAGUCCCUAGUAGAGAAUGAGGAUCCAAAGCCCGUAGUGGAGAAUGAGGAUCCAAAGCCCAUAGUAGAGAAUGAGGAUCCAAAGCCUCAGGUGGUGCAUGAGGAUCCAGAACCGUAUUGUAAGAAUGAGGAUCCAAGGCCUGACCUGGAGAAUGAGGAUCCAGAGCCCCAGCUGGAGAAUGAGAAUCCAAAGCCCCAGCUGGAGAAUGUUGAUCCUAAGGCCCAGCUGGAGGAUGGGGAUUCAAAGCCCCAUCUGGAGAAAGAGAGUUUAGAGCCUACAGACAAGGAUGUCAUGGUCAACUCUUCAGCUCCAAACUACCAGGUAUCUGAGGUCAGCCAUUUAGGGUAUGAAGUAAAAUAUGAUUCUAUUUCUACUGAUUCUGUGUCAAUUAAUGAAAAGAUUGAACUAAAGGAUAAUAUAAUUGCUGAUCAUGUCAAAUUAGAAUUAGAUAUUAACCCGGAGAUGGUGGACCCAUCAUCCAGCACUGUUGUCCCAGUCAGUGGUGAUUCACAUCCACUGGAUGUUGAAGAGCCACACCAGGACAAAGCUUCUGUUGGAGAGAAAGUUGACAACAAUGAUACAAAUGCAGACAUAAGCAAGAAAAAUGAUAGUGCUGAUGUGGGGUACUCAGAAAAAUUAAAUUUAGAGAGAAGUUCUGGAGAUGAUUCUAUGGAAGAAGAUGUGCUGGACAGUAAACAAAUUGAUUCAAAGUAUAAUUCUGACGAUGUGGGAGAGAUGUGUGAGAAAAAUGAUGUACCCAUUGUAAAGGAGGAAAGUCAUGUUGAUAUUGUGGGAGAUGAUAUUUCCCUGGACAAAAUGGAUGAAAAUAUUGAGAUCAAGAAUCAUACUGCCCCACCUGCUGAGAAAAGAAAGCUUAAUGAUCAAGCAGCAGUUGGAAGCAAUGAGCCUAUAAAAAGGCGCAGGUGGAACUCUGAAAGCCUUAAAGUUCCAGAGCUGCAAAGUCCUAUUCAAAAGCUGACGGUCACACCCAAGGAAACGUUCCAGACCACCAGUUUAAAGCGUAACUUUUCGAGAUCAAACUCUACUAUGAGUGAGGAAGCUCCCAAAGAACGUGUUGGUGAGUCAUUGGUCUUUUGUUAAUA